AUGAAGAAGAAAGUGGAGACUGAGUUGGAACGACUCACUAAGCAAGGUAUAAUUGAACCAGUGAAGUUUUCGGAAUGGGCAGCACCAAUUGUUCCAGUAUUAAAGCCAGAUAAUACUGUACGCAUAUGUGGUGACUACAAGUUAACAGUGAACCAAGUUUCGAAGCUGGAGCAGUAUCCUUUACCCAAGGUGGAGGAUGUAUUUGAAAAACUGUCGGAAGGUGAAAGGUUUAGUAAACUGGACCUUAGUCAGGCAUAUCAACAAGUUGUUCUGGAAGAAGGGUCAAAGGCCUAUGUCACCCUCAAUACACACAAGGGACUGUUUCAAGUCAAUCGUUUACCCUUUGGGGUUUCCUCUAGUCCAGCUAUUUUCCAGAGAAUCAUGGAGGGACUGGUGGCAGGAAUUCCGAAGGUGGCUGUGUAUCUGGAUGACAUCCUGUUGACGGGAAGGAGCAAUGGCGAGCAUCUGGAGACUCUGAACGAGGUGCUAAGUCGACUGCGAGAGGCUGGUUUACGGGUGAAGAGGAGUAAAUGUGCUUUCAUGGUAAAGGAAGCAGAGUUCCUGGGUUACAAGGUGGAUGCCUCGGGCCUACACCCCCUGCCAGACAAGGUAAAAGCCAUCCAAGAGGCACCUGCACCCACAAAUGUUACAGAGCUGAAGGCUUAUUUAGGCUUACUUAACUAUUAUAACAGGUUCCUACCAAAUCUGUCAACGCUGUUAGCUCCUUUACAUAAAUUGUUAAGGAAGGAGACCCUGUGGAAGUGGCAGGAGGAACAAGAAAAAGCGUUUGAGCAGUCAAAGGAACUGAUGCAGUCUUCAGAGGUUUUGGUGCACUACGAUAGUCACAAGGACUUAAUUUUGUCAUGUGAUGCCUCACCCUAUGGGUUAGGGGCCGUGCUGGCACACCGGAUGCCAGAUGGACAAGAAAGACCCAUUGGGUUCAUGUCACGAACUUUAACACCAGCAGAGUCAAACUAUUCCCAGUUAGACAAAGAGGGUUUGGCUGUAAUGUUUGGAAUUAAGAGGUUCCACAAAUACCUCUAUGGCAGGAAGUUUACGGUGUGCACCGAUCAUAAGCCUUUGUUGUCACUGUUCAACGAGAUGAAGGCCGUUCCUCAGAUGGUUUCUCCCCGAAUUCAGAGGUGGGCUGUUACAUUAAGAGCUUAUGAAUAUGAGAUUGUUUAUAAGCCUGGGAAACACCAUAGCAAUGCGGACGCGUUGAGCCGUCUGCCGCUACCGGGGCCUCCCCAGCGGGAGGAGAUGGAGGACCGAGUGUUGAUGAUGGAGGACAUCACGUUGGUGUCAGCGAAAGAAUUGAGCGACUGGACACGAAAAGACCCGGUGUUGGCUAGAGUGUUUAAAUGGGUCCAGCAAGGCUGGGCGACACAACACCCUGAUCCAGUUUUCAGGCCUUAUGAGGUGAGAAAAACAGAGCUGAGUGUGCAAGAUGGAUGCGUGUUGUGGGGAGCACGAGUGAUAAUUCCGCCCCCAGGAAGAAGUGCACUUUUACAACAGUUGCAUCAAGGUCAUGUGGGCAUUACCCGAAUGAAGGCCUUAGCACGAAGUUAUUUCUGGUGGCCAAAGUUGGACCACGACAUUGAAGUCGCUGUAAAAGAGUGUAAAACUGGUCAGCAGCAUCGCAACUUUCCUGGGAUGGCACCACUACACCCAUGGGAGUGGCCGAGUAGACCUUGGCAGAGACUUCAUAUAGACUAUGCAGGACCUUUUAUGGGGGCAAUGUUUUUGAUAAUAAUGGAUGCUCAUUCUAAAUGGAUGGAUGCCUACCCAGUCAAAACACCCACUUCUUCCAUUACCAUUGACUGUCUGAGAAAGAGUUUCAGUAGUCAAGGAUUACCCGAGACGAUUGUAUCGGACAAUGCGUCAUGUUUCAUGAGUGAAGAGUUCAAGGGGUUCCUGGAAAAAAAUGGCAUUGUACAUGUUACCUCAGCACCAUACCACGCAGCUUCAAAUGGAUGUGCUGAGAGGGCUGUCCAGACUUUUAAAGCGAUGAUGAAAAAGGCUGGAGACGGAAGUAUGGCAGCAAAAGUAUCAAGGGUGUUAUUCAAUUACCGCAUUACACCCCAGUCUACCACGGGAUUAUCUCCUGCCGAGAUGUUGCAAGGACGGAGAUUAAGAUCCACGUUGGAUCUGGUGCAUCCCAACAUCCGAGCUAAGAGCACAGGUCCCCUGUCGUACCAGGUGAGGUUGAAUGGAGGUUUAGUCGUGAGGAGACAUGUGGACCAGAUUCUGCGGAGUGUGCCGGAGAAGGACUCCAUAGAACUGCAAGCCCCGGAAAUGCCGUUAAGUUCGGGAGAAGGGCUCGCAGCGGCAGGAGGAUCUCUGAUCUUGGGGGCCGAGGGAGACUGCCGGAACUCGGAAGGAGAGGUUCCCAAGGAUCAAACUGUUCCAGGGAUGGAUACACCGGUACCAGAGGUGGUAACUGUGACCCCGGAGUCACCCAAGGUGGUACCCUUGCGCCGUUCUAAGCGGGCACUGGUUAAACCUAGUUACUUGAAGGACUAUCAAUGUAACAAUUGCAUGUCUAGUUUAAAAGAGCAACCUAUUUCGAUUGUAGGGUAA